AUGCCAUGUCGCUACCCGGAGGUUCAACACAAACCAGGCCCCAAGCUAGGGUCGCACUCGUCCAAGCACCGAAAGCGGAUUUGCUGGCGUUUAGAAGAUCGUUCGCCCAGCCGCCAGGAAGACGUCAGGGAGGCUGAGGAUAGCAAUAGCAUUCGGAGAAACAGAGGACACCAGAGACAAAAUUUAGUCUUGUAUGGAGAUAAUAACAGCACGGCCUCGGACGCUUCGAGCCCUGAGUCGACGACGGCACAAUCCUGGGUGUUCCAUCAUUUCCACGAGGAUCAAUCGUACAGCAUUUCGCAAUUCACCGCAUGUGACCAUGCCAACCCCAGCGAGACUCUCGCGGCGUAUGCGUGGCCUUCACAAGACAACACCGGCUACGUCUGCCGGACGCUUGGUGUCUCCAAAGAAGUGCUGUUUACGCUAACAAGAACAUACUUUGAAAAAGUGCCCUUUUUGUCUCUCUUCCACAGACCAACAUUCGAUGCGAUGGUCUAUAACAAGAUCCAGCAGGGCCCCUCUUCGGCUCUUCUUGCUGCGGUAUGUACUAUCGCUGCCCAUUACAUGGAAGACCGGCCAGAUCCGAGUCACGCGGCCACCCACACUCCCCAUCAUUUCUACAAGCUGGCCUGCACCAUCACAACUGAGCUGCUGGAUAAAUGUGGUGACGGCAAGCCGCCACUUGCACUCCUUCAAGCACUCAUUCUCAUCGCGUACUACGAGAUGAUCGUCAGUGCCCGAGGCAGGGCAUGGAGAUCCCUGGGGACCUGCGUCCGCGUCGCCCACGAGAUCGAGCUGCAUUUGACAGACUCGACACUGCAAGGAAAGUCGCUGCAGGAGCAGAAAGCCUUGACCGAGGCUUGGUCGCGCAAAGAGGAACAACGAAGAGCCUGGUGGCUGCUAUGGGAGCUGGACGUUUUCGCUUCGACGGUUCGCCGACGUCCGGCGUCCAUCCACGACGGAGAGCAUGCCGUCCUUCUGCCAGUGAGUGAACGAGCCUGGUUGGAAGGACACUAUCAGCCAAGCUGUUUCUUGGACCCUGAUCCCCUGCAUCGAACCCGAAAGCUCCGCGAAUGUGGAAACUCCAACGGCAAUGCUUGGUUCAUUGUCAUCAACUCGCUGGUCCGCGAUGCGCAUACAACUGCCAAUCCGACCUCACAUUGCGAUCGCGGACUACCGAGGACGGAUGUUUCCCCUUUGGUCGACACGGCAAGUGGCAAUUCCGUGGACGAGCGGAGACUCGCGGUGCUGGACGACUUUAUUUUAUACUUUAAAACCAUGAUGCCGAAGGAAUGCGCAUACCAAGGUGACUACCUUUCGUUCUCCAUCUCUGGCGACUCAUACAGCGCACCGACGGCGAAAGAAGACUGCGAGAAACAGUUGGUUCACGCCAUGACUCAUCUAGGCAGACUCAUGAUCCUACAUCAUUAUUGUAUCAGAAACUCUGGUCCUUCCGUUCUCCGAGGCAAGAAGCUGUUGGAGUAUCUGUCACUCAGUGGGCCGUCGGUGACUCAGAAGCUUCGAGCGAUCUUGGGGUUCUCGGAUGAUCAAUCUGCCUGGGAGAGAUAUCUCGGGGCUGCAGAGGAGAUCAUGCGUGUCGUCCGGAAUGCGUCGCCGAACCACAUCAGAUAUGGCCAUCCGCUCCUCGCCUGUACGUUUUGGAUUGUCGCGGCCACUCAGUUGUUUAAGAAGGCGUUCGCCCAAGACGAGGCCGAACGAGAGCUGGCGCAGUCCAACUUCGAUCUUCUCCGGCUCACACUUGACCAUAGCCACAAGUUCUGGAAGACGUCCGAGUUGAUGGUCAAAAACAUCGACACACUGGGCUCGCGGCUCGGAGAGCUCAGUGCUAGAUUGGCCGAAUCCCAAGGCGGCGGCUCCGAUGCCCUGGGGUGUCUCAAUGAGGUUGAUUACGCCAGCGUCGGCACCAACGCUUUCGAUGACCUGAAUGAUAUGUUACCAGGGAAAGCUGGGCAGAAUGACAACACCUCUGCCGCCGCGACGAAGACCGCUCUGGAAAACAUGCCAAUGUCAAACGGCGUCGACUACAUCCAAGCCAGCGCAAGUCAAAUACCCUUCGACACGGCGCUCUCGGCCGACAAACCUACGGAGAGUGAACUACAGGCCUUUAUGUAUGAUUUCUGCGGGGACAACUGGGACUUUUGGGGACAAGACCUAGCUGACUUGUUUCCUUCGGGUUGCCCUCCGACAUAA